AGGCCCAAUCACACCCUAAGACAAGAACCCGAAAUCGGACGGUUCUAAAGCCCUUACAAAAGAACACAUUAGAGUUAAAAACCCUAACCUCACUAUCCCGACUCCUUACAUUUCCUCUUCUUCAAGCUCCGCCUCUCUUUCACGAUCCCAGAAUGCCUUUCAAGAGAUACGUGGAGAUUGGAAGGGUUGCCCUCGUCAACUAUGGCGAAGACUACGGCAAACUCGUCGUCAUUGUGGAUGUCCUUGACCAGAACCGAGCUCUCGUGGAUGCCCCUGAUAUGGUGAGAUCUCAAAUGAAUUUCAAGCGGCUAUCUCUGACAGACAUUAAAAUUGACAUCAAGAGGGUUCCUAAGAAGAAGGAAUUGCUUGAAGCUAUGGAGAAAGCUGAUGUUAAGAAGAAGUGGGAGAGCAGUUCCUGGGGCAGGAAACUAAUUGUUCAGAAGAGAAGGGCUUCUCUCACUGACUUUGAUAGGUUCAAACUUAUGUUGGCAAAGAUUAAGAGGGCAGGACUGGUAAGGCAAGAGCUUGCAAAACUGAAAAAGGAGAAUGCUUCUUAAGCUUAGUUUUUACAUGGAUUUUUCGAUUUUGUUAUGAAUUUUGUGAUGUUGGCUUUUGGAUUAUUGAUAUUAUGUAAUGAAUUCAGAGUUUCAGAGCAGCUUGAUUUUUUAUAUGUUUCUGACUAGACUUGAUCUGAGGUCAGUUUUCUGGUAAA